UCCUCCGAACCCCAGCCCCCACCACCUCCCAAAUCCUCCUCCGGCUCCCUCUGCCCUGCUGGACCAAUGGCAGCCCAGUAUCCCUGCCGGCCAAUCGGAUCGCUGCCGGGUGAUGUCAUGCACGGGGCUGCUGUUUGGUGCUGAUGCUGCCGAGCUGCAGAUCUUCAGUCUGAACAGAGAGACCGGAGACCGAGCAUCACUGCAGGGAACAGACUCUACCUCACCACAGUGUCUUUGGAGGAAAACUACGGCAGCAGCGGCAGCAGGAUGACUCUGGCGGCAUACAGAGAGAAGAUGCGUGAGCUCCCCCUGGUGUCUCUCUUCUGCUCCUGCAUCCUUCCCGAACCCCGAGACACCACAGUCGACAAGAAGGAAGCAGGCGUGGUGGACUUGAACCUGUGCAACAUCCGGGACAUGGAGGUGAUCGAGCUGAGCAAGCGGGCGAGCGGCCAGGCCUUCGAGGUCAUCCUGAAGCCGCCCACCUUUGACGGCGGCCCUGAGCUCAGGGCCACCACACCGCCUCGCCAAAAACCGUCACUGGAGGAGAUCCAGAAGAAACUGGAUGCCGCUCAGGAGAGGAGGAAGUGUCACGAGGCGGAGCUGCUGAAGCACCUGGCCGAGAGGAGGGAGCACGAGCGGGAAGUCGCUCAGAAAGCUCUGACCAAAGAGCGUCAGGAGCACCGCGCCGACGCCGACAAGGAGCAGCGGCAGAUGCACCUGAACGCCUCGCAGGAGCGGCUGCAGGAGGAGGACAAACACAGCGUGGAGGUGUCUUGAUGGCCUGAUCACAACACAAGCUGAACUUUAUUUGGAAGCCAUUUUGGAGGGCUGAUGAGCUGAGUGUUGAUGUGGCCGGGAACCCGGCGCUGCUCCGACUGGGAGACUGACAGAGAAGAGACUCUGAAAAGAGUGAGAGAAGAAGAAGAAAAAGAGGAGGGGGACUGAGGGCGAGUCCGACCGCUCGACCUCCUCUGAACAACCAGGACUCUUUUUGACGAGAUAGACUCUUUGUAACGAGAAGAACUUGUGAAACUGAAGGACGCUGCAGAUUCAGUCAUCAUUAGUUGGUUCACAGGGGUUUUACUGUGCUUUGUUGCCAUGCCAACAGUGCCAAUGUGUUCAUGUGUGUGUGAUUGUGUAUCAAGGACUCAGUGUCUUCACAAGUCUGAAAAGUUGUACCCAACCCAACCAAGCAAACCUGACAUAGUCCUGCGAGAAACCGGACUCAAACCCGAACAACCCAAAGGACCUUUUAGCUGAAUGGAGUCCACAAGAGACCGGACGGCCUCCACCUGCCAGGAGAGUCUCCGCUACCUGGAUACACACCUGAGUUAAAUGGUUUAAAUCAUUACAUUUACUGUAAAACAGUAUGUCAACAAGAAAGGUUGGAUCAGUGAAGUGUGGCCGCUUAGUGACAUCCAAUGGCAGCUGUAGGACAGUACAGCCAGUCAGCAGGUGUGCCUCGUUCUCACGGGACUGUAGUCAAGUCCGAGAUAAGGCGAGCAGUUUGGAGCUUAAGCCAAAAAAAGGUCAGCUGGACUGGGUGUAGGCCAAAAACUUGAAUAGGUGAGAUGAGCGGCCGAGACUGAGACAGGUCCAGGUCACGCCACCGCCGAGGCCGAGAUGAGUCGGAGUCAAGACACCGAAGAAACCGAGACAAACCUGAAUAAAAAUGCCCAGGGGACGGGGGGCGAGUCCCAGGUAAACCACCAGGAAAUCCGACACGAGUCCGACUCAAAGCACAGGUGAAACUGAGAUGGCUUCAAAUGAAAACAUUCUCGAGGCCGAAACAAAUGGGUUUCAAAACACCCACUUGACCGAGAUGAGUCAGGUUCAAAACACUCGCAAAACAGAGUCCCAGCCAAUGAGACUGAGACAAGUAACAAAUAAUAAAACCUCGAGAUCAGACUUGAGAUUUCACAGCCCUGUAUCUGGGUUCGUCUCAUAUUUCUUCAUAUUAAGACCAUGACUAAAAUUAGCAUGCUAGCAUUUAUGACAACGCACAGCGCUAGAUGUUAGUGAGUGACACAUCUGCUAUAACGCAUCAACAACAAACAGGUGCUCAGCUCAUGUGGCUAACAUCAGCUACACCCCGGUUACUUGCCUGUCCAGUAAUCAAUAUACCAACCCCCUGCUGAUAUGAAAGACCGGAUUUUAUUGAUGAACAACUGAUAAUCGAUUUGUGUACAGUGUUUACAGCUGCAGUGGUGUGUUUCAGUGCGUGUAUGUGUGUG